AACCUAACCUAACUUAUGAGAAUUUAACCUAGAAAAUUACUGCUCUUCCUAGAUAAGUCAACAUUUUUAAUUUCCAGUUCUUUAAUUCCUCUAUUCAAUUAUGUCCCCAAAUAGAAUACAAAUUUUAAGCUUAUACAAAACACUAUUACGUGAAGCUAGCAAAUUUUCUUCUUACAAUUUUAGAAAUUACGCUCUACGUAGAAUAAAAGACAGUUUCAAGGAAAAUAAGAAUCUCAACAACGAAGAGAGCAUAGAAUCUCAUCUAAGUGAAGCUAGGAAAAAUUUAGAAAUCAUUAAGAGACAGGUUCUGAUUGGCCGUAUGUAUGACACUGAUAAACUAGUCAUUGAACAUGAAACGAAGUAUAAAUCAAAUUAAUAAAAUUAAAAAGGGCAGGACAAUAAACAGAGGCUGUACUAUCAUGUGUAAAAACAUACUUUUGUGAUCAUCUAGAUUUGUCUAGGCAGGAGUAGGAUAGAAAUCUGCUCUCGAAUGUAAAUACAUUUCUUUAAUAAAUUUUUUUAUUAGAAUAGCUUUAAUAUUCAAUUAUGAUUGAUGUACUAGAAAUAAAAUUAAUUGUUACUUCAAUUUUCACAACAUAUUCAAUGAAUUCAUUAUAUUUUCCAAAGGUUGAAAUUUAUGUUUGUCACUGAAAAUUAGAAAUAUUCACUUAACUUAUCAUCUCAAUAUAGAAGUAGUUCUAGAUAUUAUUUUUUUCAUCUCCCUAAUUUUUGAGCUUUUAUUAUCAUUCGAUAGGAAUCUAUAUGAUUUCAUUGGGAAAUGUUCUGGGGAUUUCAAAUUGUUAUGUUUAUAGUGAGUUGAAUUAUGUUUUUGAAAUUUAUAUACCAAAAUAAAGCAAACCUAGAAGCA